UAAUUUCAUGUUGUUGUUUUGGUCACUGUUUAUUUUCGCGCAUUGAAAUAGUUUAUUAAAUUAUUAAUGAAGUAAAAGAUAAUCCUUUUAGGCCCUCAUUUAUUAUGCCUGCAGGCAGAGCUGUUGUCUUGCUGCGUCGGUUUUCUACAGGUGACAAUAGGUUUAAAAGUUUGAACCUAAACCAAAAUACGUCGAAAGAAAAUAUUUUGUCACAUCCCCUGUGUAAUCAUCGGGAUAUCGAAAUAAGCAAAAGGAUAUCUCUUAUUAACCACAACACUUUCCCAUCAUUACAAGUAAAAAGAAGUUACAACAGUGACAACAUAAUAAAAAUGACUUCACCCACACCGGAAACAAGCUCUGCUUCCCAACACAAACAUACAAACAGACUUGUAUCAGAAAAGUCUCCAUAUUUACUACAACAUGCUCACAACCCCGUAGACUGGUAUCCAUGGGGCCAAGAAGCGAUAGACAGGGCAAGGAAAGAAAACAAACUCAUAUUCCUGUCAGUUGGCUACUCUACCUGUCACUGGUGUCAUGUCAUGGAGAAGGAGUCCUUUGAGAGUGAGAGUGUAGCGCAAGUGAUGAAUGAACAUUACAUCAAUAUAAAAGUAGAUCGGGAGGAACGCCCUGACAUUGAUAGAGUCUACAUGCUCUUCAUCAUGGCCUCAACUGGCAGUGGAGGCUGGCCGAUGUCCGUAUUCCUGACUCCAGAUUUAAGACCAGUAACUGGUGGCACAUAUUUCCCUCCUGAAGAUCGAUAUGGACGGCCAGGAUUCAAAAGCAUACUAUUAUCGUUAGCAGCAAAAUGGAAAGAAAAUCAGUCACAGUUCUUGGAAGCAAGUAACAAUAUUAUGGUAGCCCUAAAAGAUAUGUCAAAAGUGGACCAAGAGAGCUCCUUUGAAAUACCAGGGGAAGCCACUUGGAAUAAAUGCGUUAGAAGACUUAUGAAUCAAUAUGAACCAGAGUUUGGAGGGUUUGGUACUGCACCAAAAUUUCCGCAGGCCUCCAUUUUCAAUUUCCUUUUCCAUUAUUAUGCUCGAGACAAGAAUAAUGCUGAUGGCAAAAAAUGCUUAGAAAUGUGUUUACACUCCUUGACGAAAAUAGCCAAAGGUGGCAUUCACGAUCAUGUGUCUAGCGGAUUCGCUCGUUAUUCGGUCGAUGGGAAGUGGCAUGUUCCACAUUUUGAGAAAAUGUUGUAUGACCAGGCCCAAUUGACCGUCGCAUAUACGGACGCAUAUCUCGCAACGAAAGACGAUUUUUAUGCUGACGUAGUUCGGGAUAUAAUAAAGUAUGUAAACAGAGAUUUGAGGCAUCCAUCUGGGGGCUACUACAGCGCUGAAGAUGCUGACUCCUAUCCAUUUUACGGAGCUCCGGCCAAACAGGAGGGAGCAUUUUGCGUGUGGGAGUAUCACGAAAUAGAAUCUCUGUUAGGUGAUAAACUCAUCGGCUCAACACCAUACAUUGACAUAUUCUGCGAUUACUUCAACGUUGAGCAAUGCGGAAAUAUUUCUCGUGGAAGUGAUCCGCAUGGUGAGCUCAAAAAUAAGAAUGUUCUUAUAAUAUACGGCAGCAAGGAAGAAACGGCAGAUAAAUUUGCAAUAACUGUUGAAGAGCUUGAUGAUGUAUUGGCAAAAUGUAUUAAUAUUUUGUUUGAGGAGCGACUCAAAAGGCCUCGUCCUCAUUUAGAUGACAAAAUGCUAUGUUCAUGGAAUGGCCUGAUGCUAGCUGGCCUAGCUCAAGCGGGCCAAGGAUUGGGCGAAAAGGAAUUUAUUGAAGAUGCCGUAAAAACUGCGAAGUUCAUAAGAGAACAUAUGUAUGACCCUAAUACGAAGACACUUAUUCAUUCUUGCUACAGAUGUGAAGAUGGGUCAGUUACUCAAAGUGCUGAACCGAUUCCCGGAUUUCUCGACGACUAUGCAUUCUUAAUCAAGGGUUUAUUGGACUUAUACGAGGCGACAUUUGAUCCGUUCUGGUUAAACUGGGCUCAGGAGCUGCAGGAGAAACAAAAUGAACUGUUUUGGGAUGCCGAGACCGGUGGAUACUUCACUUGUUCUAAUGAAGACAGCUCCGUUGUUCUAAGAUUGAAAGAAGACCAAGAUGGCGCCGAGCCGUCGGGCAACAGUGUAGCGUGUCACAACCUGCAACGCCUCGCGGUGCACGGCGCGAACACGCGCGACGCGGCGCAGCGCAUACUCCGAGCGUUCGCGACGCGGCUCGAGCAGGCGCCGACCGCGCUCCCCGAGAUGAUGUCCGCGCUCAUGUUCUAUAACGACUCGCCUACACAGGUGGUGAUAUCGGGUCCGCGCGAAGACGAACGCACGCUGGAACUAGCACGCGCGGUCCGCUCUCGGCUGCUGGCGGCGCGCGUGCUCAGCGUGCAUGAUAACGACGCGCCUGUGGGCGGCAACACAAAGCCGCGCGGUGACGUACCGACGGCAUACGUGUGUCGGCGGUUCGCGUGCUCGCUGCCCGUCACCACGGUCACCCAGCUAGAGAAGUUACUGGAUGAACCCCUACCGCAACAGUAAUGUAUGUAGCAGUCAAAUAUUGUCGCGGCCCAACGAAAGAUGGCGCGUUCAUGCUGUUAUGUACCAUUGGAAAACUGAUUCAUAGGCAGUUGACGGACCUACGUUAUUUGGUCGUAUUGUGUCAAUUCAAUGUUAGUUGUAAUCUGUCGACUGGAUUUGAUAUACCGCGACCAAAUUACAUUGGUUGGUCUGCCAGCGACCAUCAACAACUUCUCUGUUAUUACCAUCAAACAAUCUGAUUCAUAGGGUGGACCUAUUUUAUUUAUUAUUGGUUAUGUCAAAUUAAUCAUGGUCCGUCGAUUGAGUUUAGCAUAACCCGACCGAAUAACGUAGAUCGGACUAUGAAUAUUUUUUCUGAUACAUACUAUAUUAUGUUCGUGGUCUCUUCCGCUAGAUGGCGCGUUGUGGUCGUUAAGAGAGCGUUCAAGUAUUACGUAACGCAGUAUCGGAGGCUUUCUUGAAGAAAAUUUCAAAUUUAGCGGCCGCCUAGACGAUCAAUUUUAUUGUUCAUUAUCACGUAUUGUGCAAUAUUAUUAACCGUCUAAGGUUAAUAUUGAACGCUAUAUAAAUUGUUCAAUGAUAGUGCACAAUAAAUUUGAUUAUCUAGGUCAUACCCGCGGCCCUCCGGGACUUUAUCUGUGGCUCGCGUGAUGUUAAACCAUUUAAAAAUUACGCCCACCGGCAAAAUAAUGUAAAGUCGUCGUGAAAGUUUGUGGCCCGUAUGAAAAAAAGGUUGGGGACCACUGGUCUAGGGGCCCACUUACGGUGCGUUAUAGCUUAUAAAAAAGGAGGCGCGUGUCACAUGAUUUAUAGCUUUUUCUAUAUAUAUCAUAUUUGUAAAAAUCAAGACACAGGGUCGUCUCGUGCUAUAAUCUAGGACUAGGUGGGUCUAAAUUCACCAAAAUAUGCGUUAUAUAAUACUUGAAUUUAAAAUUGUACCUUAUAAUGUCCUUCUUCAUGAAAAUCCAUUUACAAAUAAUUAUAAUACACAAGAACUUGCGUAGUUUUUUUUUUCUUCAAAACAAUUAUUAAAUUUUGCUAUCAGUCGAAUUAAAAAUUGUAUCAACUGCGCUAAAUACAUAACCACAUUGCAUUGUUAUGAAACUGAAAUUGUUGAAUGUUUGUAAAGAAAUCGAAUAUGACAUAGUCCUGUUUAUCUCUAGAACUAUAACCUAGUCUUGCUUAUCUCUAGUAGUUUAGAUUCUCGUGUUUUGUUGUAGUCUGUAAAACAAAUUUAAUAUUUUGUAUGUCUCAGAUCUGAUAUAUUUUAUAAAGUUUUCAUAAAGAAAUUCAAUACUGAAGGCAGCAAAAUUGUUUAAGUAUUAGAUUGUACUUAUUAAACA